AUGGCAAAAGAAGGAAGAGACAUUGAUGAAGUAAACGACGCACUCGAUCGUACGGGUGAAGAAGAAGAGGAGGAAGAAAAUGCACCACAGGAGGAAGAUGACAAUGACAUGGAAGAAGAGGAGGAGUAUACUUUUAGGUUCGAAAACGGGAUGAAUCCUUUGGACUUUGUCGAUAACAUUGACGAUUCUGGCCUUCAACCCUACCAGCGAUUCGAGCGUCUUGAACAGGAAGCUCUCGCUGAUAAAAAGCGGAAAGCAACUGAACAAUGCCACAGCGAAGAACCACCUUCUAAGAUGUCUAGGGAAAGUGAUAUUUCCGGGGCAAAGAUAGCUGAGAUAAUGGAAGCAAUGAAUUAUGGUGGUGUGCGCAAGAGAUCAAGAAAGCAUAAAAAGAGAGGCAGGCGGAAAGGUUCAAAGAAUAAAAUGGAUCCUAAGAUAACACGGAUGCUGGGUGAUGCCACACUUCACUAUGCAUGUGGUCAUUAUGACAAGGCUAAAGCUGUGUUGCUUGAAGUUGUUAAGCUGGCACCGAAUUUGCCAGAUGCAUAUCACACCCUUGGACUUGUCUGUAGUUCACUCCAGGAUUAUAAGAGAGCUAUGAGUUUUUACCUGAUUGCUGCUCAUUUGACUCCAAAAGAUUCAUCUCUUUGGAAAAGGAUUUUUACCUGGUCCAUAGAACAAGGAUAUAUUGAUCAAGCCCGUCAUUGUCUUUUGAGAGCAAUAACAGCAGAUCCCAAAGAUGUUACUCUUAGAGGUCUACUUGCAAGGCUUUAUGUGGAACUUGGAGAUUAUCAAAAGGCUGCUGUGACAUAUGAGCAAGUACAUCAACUCUGUUAUGGGAAUGUUGAUCCACUGAAAACAGCAGCUAAGUUAUACAAAAGAUGUGGUCAAGUUGAAUACUCUGUUCGAAUUCUUGAAGACUAUAUUAAGAGUCAACCUGGCGGAGCUAAUGCAAGUGUAGUUGAUCUGCUGGGUAGCAUAUUGAUGGAAACUAAGGCACAUGAUCGAGCGCUGCAGUAUAUUGAACAUGCUCAAGCUGUAAAUGCAUGGAAAGAAUUGCCAUUGAAUUUGAAAAUUAAGGCUGGAAUUUGUCAUGCUCAUCUUGGGAAAAUAGAUAUGGCUCAGGAUCUCUUUGAUGAUUUGAAACCAGAGAAUGCAAGCGAGCAUAUUGAUUUGGUUUAUGAGGUUGCUGACUCGUUAAUGGGUCUUGAACACUAUAACCCUGCAUUGAAUUAUUAUUUAAUGUUGGAAGGAAAUAUUGGAAACGAAAAUGUUAAUGUCCCACUCUCCAUCCACAAGUUGGAUAAUAGUAACUAUGACACUGGGGCCUUUGAUAUUAGGAACUUGCAAAGGAAAAAAUUAUGUCAACUAGCUUACCUAGAGGCAACCCUUAUUGAUGAAAACGAGGGUCCUCGUUGGUCCAAAGUUGAUACAAAUAUUCCCUUUAUUGGAGCGUUUGAAACCUUCCUUGAGUUAUUAGAUGAUCUAGUCCUGGAGGGAUCUUUAUCUAAAGCCCUUGAAAUACUACAAGAUGAUGUUGAUGCACGUAUAACUCUAUCUUCUCUUCUGCUUGAAGAGGGAAAAGAAGAUGAAGCAAUUUCCUUGCUGUCUCCUCCAAAAGAUUCUGACUCAGGAGAAGCACAUUCUGAAAAGUCAAAUAGAUGGUGGGUUGAUAUAAGAAUAAAGCUGAAGCUCUGCAACAUUUAUUGGAAUAGAGGGACACUUGGUGAUUUUGUGGAAAUAAUUUUCCCUUUGAUUCGUGAAUCAUUAUAUGUUGCAACUCUUCGACAGAAGGGUAAAUCAAAACGGCGACUCACCAAAAGAGAUCUGAUUGAAAGGGUUAGGAUAUUGGAUGGUCCGGAAAAGGAUAAUGUAUUUCGAGGAUUCAGGCCAGUAGCUGCACCAUCUGAUCGCUCCUAUGCCGCAGAUGGAUUUAGGUUGAAAGCUUCCAGGGCAAAAAAGUUGCUUCAGAAGAUGGCAAUUGAAAAGGAGAAAAGAAAAGCUGAGGCACUGGCCUCCGGAAUUGACUGGCUAAGUGAUGAUUCAGAUGAUGAGCCUCAGAAAGAAAACAGAGAACCUCCCUUGUGCAAUCUUCUUAAAGAUGAAGAACAUCACCAGCUAAUAAUCGAUUUGUGCAAAGCAUUAGCAUCCUUGCAAAGGUAUUGGGAAGCACUGGAGAUUAUUAAUCUCUCUCUAAGAUUGGCCAGCACAUCUCUGUCUACUGACAAGAAAGAAGAGCUUCGAUCUCUUGGAGCUCGUAAGUUGUGA